AUGUCCCAUCUCUCUCUCCCGCCAGUAGAUGCGUGUGAGAACAGCGAAGACGCCCUUCCGAAAUCCCUGGAGGACUUAGCCAAAGCCCUUGGUGCCUUGGUAGCGGAGCCCAGCAGCAACGGGCUACAACGGGAUGUCACCUGUGCUGCUCACAGAACACUCACUGCCUUUUCUCAGGUGGUACGUGGAAGCAGCCAGCUAAGCAGCAAUGAACGGGAGGAGGUAAAGUCGCUCCUGCGCCAUCUGAAUGACGAAAAGAUGAAGGAGGUGGCAACCAUUCUGUCUAAGAGCGAAGAUAUUAACACAGCCAAGAUGGUUGAGCUGGAAAAAGAGCUGGAGCAGCUGGAAGGCCGCAAGAGGCAGCUACAAGAAUCUCUCAGGCAAACUGAUGUCGCUGCUGGAGCUCCUGCUGAUGCUGCAGUUGCAGCUGCUGCGCCUGUCGCCCCGGCCUAAGGCAGAGCUAUGGAAGAGGCUGCGUGCGCCACCAUCCUUGACGACUAUAUUUUCGAGAAUCUAUGAACGGGUAUGUCACUGCUGAGUUACCUGGUCGAAACCAAGAUUCACAAGAUGUACUGUGAUGUACAAGUAAUCAUUGCUUUAGAUGAAGAAUAAAAUGCACUAUUAGUGAUGAAUAUAUAUCAGAGGAAAGAAAAGCAGGAACAAAGAAUUAAACUGGAGAGAGAAAACGGAGAGGGAGAGAGAGAGAGAGAGAGAGAGAGAGAGAGAGAGAGAGAGAGAGAGAGAGAGAGAGAGAGAGGAGAGGAGUGUAUGUGUGUUGUUUUAGAUAAAAUUAUGCAAAAUAUCAAAGUCUGUGAAGGCAGAGGAGAAAGUCAGUAUGUGAAACUCAAUUCUGGACAUUCCAGCCAAAAUUUCCCUUGUAUAGAAUGUAUUCAUAACGUAUUUUUUAUAAAAAAAAAAGUAUUAGCCUAAAUUAAAGGACAUAUCUUACAAUAUUAAUUAUAGCAAAGUAUAUAAUACUGUGAAUGUUUCUUUGAUGAACAUCAAGAAGAUUUCGCAUCAGUAUUCCACAUGUCAUUGUAAAUCACAAAAUGCUUUUGUACUGUGGUGACAUAAGAUGAUUUCAAAAUGUAUUAUAUUUUGGGUUAGAUUAGGUUAACAUAAAUUAACCAGAUUUAGCCAAUUAUAAAAUUAUUAUAAAAUAACACAAAUGUUAAAAUGCAUUACGGUGAGAAUAUGUUCUAACAGAAUAGAAAUUGAGAAGCCACAGAGAAGAAUUUUUGCUUUUGUAUCAAAUCUGCUUUUUCGACUGUCUUAAAUAAUAUUAAAAAGAAAGCGAUGUUUUGUUAGCGGGUUAAUAUAUAUAAUCGAGUGUCUGAAUUGUUGUUAAAUGAGAUGGCAACAAAUUGUUAGCGUUUGUGAUUCCAUAUUGUCACUGGACGGCGUAACAAGUGCGUUCUCAGUUUCUCUCAUCAGUAACUUCAAGUACACGUGUGUGUGGGCUGGUGUGUUCUGCUUCUGUCAUCCACAUGGCAUGGAGUGCAAAAUUUAAGAGGAAACGAAUUUUAUCAGAAUAUGCAUAUUACGAAGCAUUCCAAGAUGAUGAUAAUAAUGUUUUUAUUGUGCAGAAGUAAAUGGUGGAAUAAAUAUAUUAUUUUCAAACUUAAUUGUGUGUUGAUACCAUAUAAAACAAAUAACAUGUUUGUCAAUAACCUUGAGGACUGAUACAUCCCAUUCCUGUGAUGCACUUACUAUGGAUCAUGCUGCUGCUUAUA